GGUCUCACAGAUAAUACAGGUUUAUCUGGGAAAAUGGUUGUCAAUGCUGUUUCUAUUGAAUUGCUAGCAGAGUUUAAAGCCCAAAUAGUUCCAGAUGCUUUCUCUGUUAUAUGGGGCUUUUUGAGGGCUGGGAGAGUGAGAUGUGGAGGUACUGUUGGUGCAAUUCUGACAUGUCCACUGGAAGUUGUGAAAACACGUUUGCAGUCCUCCUCUGUGACUCUCUACAUCUCUGAAGUCCAUCUCAACACUGUGAAUGGUGCUAGUGUCAAUCGAGUGACUAGAGUGUCUCCUGGACCUCUCCACUGUUUGAAGAUGAUCUUGCAAAAGGAAGGUCCUCGUUCUCUGUUUAGAGGGCUGGGUCCUAAUUUAGUAGGUGUUGCUCCUUCCAGAGCGAUAUAUUUUGCUGCUUACUCAAACUGCAAGGAAAAGUUGAACAAUAUUUUCAAUCCAGAUUCCACCCAGGUACACAUGAUUUCAGCUGGUGUGGCAGGUUUUACUGCGAUCACAACAACUAACCCCAUUUGGCUAGUAAAGACACGAUUACAGCUUGAUGCAAGAAAUCGUGGAGAAAAGCGAAUGAGUGCUUUUGAAUGUGUCCGAAAAGUGUAUCGAUCAGAUGGUAUUAAAGGCUUCUACAGAGGAAUGUCAGCAUCCUACGCAGGCAUAUCUGAGACUGUUAUUCAUUUUGUUAUUUAUGAGAGUAUUAAGAGAAAACUACUGGAGUAUAAGACUGCUUCUGCCAUGGACAAUGAGGAUGAAUCAGCAAAAGAAGCUUCGGACUUCGUUGGAAUGAUGAUGGCUGCUGCCACUUCCAAAACUUGUGCAACAUCAAUAGCAUAUCCCCAUGAGGUUGUACGAACAAGACUAAGAGAGGAGGGAACAAAAUACAGAUCUUUCUUCCAGACACUAUCUUUGCUUGUGCGAGAAGAAGGGUAUGGAUCUCUCUACCGAGGUUUAACUACACAUUUGAUCAGACAGAUUCCAAACACAGCUAUCAUGAUGUCAACCUAUGAAGUGGUAGUCUACUUGCUCGAUGGAUAGCAAUGUGGCAAGGCUUCCUAGAAGAAGGUGGAAGAUUGAAAGACUGGAGUGGACCACUGAAUGUCAAUGCCAACGUGGUGGGAGAAAGGAAAGCUAUAACAGGAACAUGCAGCUGUGGACAAAACAGAAGGUUGAUUGUGGGCAACUAUGAAUCAUUUUGCUGCCUUAUUGUGUGGUCUCUUGGCAGUGUGACAAAUGGGAACUGCCCCUUAGAGAAUGUCUUUAUAUCUCUAAAUUCAAAAUUGUUAUUCUUUUCAUCUGUUAAUCUAGACAAGGCCAUGUAGUCAUCUUCAGAGACCUGAUGGGUGAGGGAGGGGACGUGAAAUAUAUUCUUGGACAGCCUUAUUCAUGUCUUAGUGAUUGCUCUGAAGUACCUCCUUUUUGUUCUGUUUUACUGCACAGUAACCUGUUGGAAGAAUGGGGAAGAGAGUACUUUGGUACCUCUCCAUACCUGAAACUUCCAUUCAGUUGCUGUACAUAUUCAUGAAGAGACUGAGGUAGUAGUCAGCUUGUAAAGUUUUUCACAUUGCUACCUCAAGACAGAAUACAGCACAGGGACCCAGAACAGAGUUAUUUCUUCGCUACAAAA